AUUGGGUAUUUAAGACUCCUAUCUCCAUCUCCAUUUCAAAAAGAAAGAGAAAAUCCUUAUCUUCUCACUUAUCUCGAUUUUUCUCUCUCUCCCAAGCCCUAUAUUUCAAUAUCUCUACUUCUCUAUCUCUCUCUCACAUAACACCAAAUUCUUCGUUCUUACUCUGUACUAAAGCAAGAAAAUUCUUUCUUCUUUUUCUUCACUCAUCUAAAAUACAUGGCUAGAAAAGCAAAAGACUCUAGCACCUCCACUACCUCAACGAGACAAACUAAAACAGAAAAGAAAUCCCAAGUUCCUGAGAUCUCCAUCCUUACAUAGAAAUAUAAGAUGGUGCAACCUAGGGUUUUUUAUUGGAAGAUCUUUGGUGAUAGAGCUUUAAAGUUCAACGAAUGGUUCGAGUUUCAAGGUUGGGUUCCAUUUAUUCAGAGUAAUGAGAAAUUCUUUGAGGAGCUUACACUAGAAUUCUAUAUAUCAAUUAUGAAAGUGACAGAUGAACUGGUAUAGGUGAUCAUAAAUGGUGCGCCAAAGGAAAUCACUCCAACUCUGUUAGACAAAUUUCUAGUUUACUAGUGGAGAAGCAAAAAUUACUGAACACACCAAUGACAUAAAAUCCCUGGGUACGACAAGAAGAGAUUCAUUUAAGAACUGAGCCCAAUCAACCAACUCUUGGUGAGAAAGAUUGAGAAAGUGCUGAAAAUCUCAAGUUUUGCAGUUUCUGGAGCUCAACACGGGCGUGUCCAAGGCCAUGUUGGUAACACGGCCAGUUAUGCUGACCGUGUUAAUCAACACGGAUCGUGUUCUAUUUGCAGAAAAACAAAUUUUAAGGGGACACGUUCACAGAAGGUAACACGGCCAGUUAUGCUGGACCGUGUUGGCAACACGCCCCCGUGUUGUUUCAACACGGACCGUGUUCAAUUUACGAAAAAUUAAAUUAAAGAUGGACACGUGCACAGAAGGUAACAUGGGCAUUUAUGCCAGACCGUGUUGGCAACACGGCCCCGUGUUGCCUCAACACGGGUGUUUUCAUCAAACUGGUAAGUUAGCACGUUUAAGUUCAUUCAACACGGCCCGACUGUGCACUGAAUUCCUUUUGCUAAGGUACGCUUUCCUUAUUUUCCUCUAUUAUUAUUGGUUGUCGCUAAACAAUUGGCUCUGACAUAUUUUGUCAAUUCUGAGUGUGUCUGUUCUAUUUCGUUUGUUGGUUUGCCUUGUGAUGGAUUAUGACGAAUUUAGACUUGAUAUGGAUGAAUUGAGAAUUUAAUUGGUUAGCACCAUGGUUGCCAGUGUUGUGGAUUGAAUUUUCUUUGCAAGGCAUUGAACGGUUUAACUUUAUUGAGUUAAAUCGUUCGUUUUGUCCAUUUUAUGCCGUUAUGCUGCCAAAAUUUCGUUGAUCCUUAGCACUAAAAAUUUCUUUUUCAGGUACCAUGUCCACUAGAUGAGGAUCAGGAGUUUACAAGAGGAGGCGAACCGAUGGUUCCUUUUCCUCUCGAUCUUCAGGCGCUGCACCGACUAGUUCAGGCCCAGUUAGACCACCGCAGCGCCAUAGAUUCCUACUUUUCCACGGGCAGCCCACCUUCGAGCAAAGAUACCAGUCGAUGAGGCACAAAAAUUUGGGAAAGGGGCGUAGGAUAGACUGGCCAGCACUAGAGACCAUCGGACUUGCAACUGCAGUCCGCCGAUACCUUGAGACACCCCCGUUUUAGCUUUUCUUUGAGAUAGUUGAGCCGACGUAUAGGGAGUUGACUGUGGAGUUUGCUAGCACUUUCUUUCUGCAGAGCCAGUUGCGGGACUUUCAGUAGCCGGAUGCUAUUAGUUUCAGACUAGCAGAGCGGACUUUCACGAUGAAUGUACAGCAGUUUGGGGUACACUUGGGUUUGUGGACUGAGGAGGAUGUAGCUGGGGAGGUAUAUAGUGGCUGUAUACACACCACAUAUCUGCAGAUGUGGGCUGAGAUUUCUGAUGACGCUGAGGGGUACAGUGCCAGCCAGUCCAAGGCGUCUAACUUGCCUGAGGGACAUCGGUACUUGCAUGCAUAGCUGACUAGGACCAUCUCUAGCAGGGGAGACAGCGGUGGUGUAGUAACCCAGCCGGACCUGUUUAUACUUUACGGCAUGCACCAGAGCCAGUCAGUCGACAUGGGAUACUGGUUGGCCAGACAGAUCAGUGCCUUCUGUAACAACUCAAAGAAAGUAUUUUUCUGUUUUGGGACUUACAUUACUCGCUGGCUAGGAGCUUAGGGGUUUUGGAGGAGGCAGUUCCACACUUGACAAAGCUGGGGGUGAUGGAGACUUUGGGACUUCCCCAGUUGGUUAGUAUAGGGAUAGUGACUCGUAGGCGGGGUCCGCUAGGACCAGAGUAUAGACUGAGGAGUGCUCUCUUGGCAGCACGCGGAGAGGAGCGACCUGGCCCACGAGCCCUUGGUACACAGGAUGUUCCACCUCCUUCUUCUGAUAUUCCAGAGUCUUCCUCCAGACCGUCUACUCCAGCUCCUUCUGGGUCUUCUUCAGCUGUUUUAGGAGUCUCCCCUAUUGAAUUUAGAGAGCUGCAGCUUAGAGUGCAGAGGUUGGCAGAGGAGCAGCAGCAGCACUUCAUUCGAGUAGAGGCUUUUCAGCAAGACCUUUUACAGUGUCAGGCUGAGUUUCAGAGCCAGAUGAUGGCUCAGUUUGAGAGGCAGAGGGUUAUGCUUCAGGCCCUGAUUGAGCAGGGAGGUAGGUUAGAGGCCUCUAUGGCCACUAAUAUUUUUGAUGAUAUUUUUGCUACAGAUUAUGCCCCUGCCAGUCCGCGGAGCCGGGUUCCAGUACAGAGCCAUUUUGACAUCCCUCUAGCGGAUGAUCCAGCUGACCCUUCUUCUCCAACUGAGCAUCCUUCACCAGAGCAGCCUGACGAGCCUCCUACCGACACUGUUCCUGCUGACCCACCAGCUCCUGCAGGUGACACUACUUCCGACCCUCAGCGAGUAGCCACUCCUCCACCACAGACUAGCCAGCGCCCUGAUAUCCCUGAUGAUGCACUUCUUUUCCCUCCGGAGCCAUAGUCAGGACAGUAUUAGUUCUUUUUCCUUUUUCAUUUCUUAUAUUGUUUUUUUUUUUUGUACACUGAGGACAGUGUGUCCUUCAAGUGUAGGGUAAAUGAUAUUUAUAUACACU